CGGUUGGUAUGCGCAAUUUAGAGGGUCAGCGCUCCGGCAUGGAACCCUUCUUCUCUAGCAUCGUUGCAAUAAUCCUAGCUCUCCUACUAGCCACCGGUGGGGAGUCAUGGACCGGCACGCGAGGCGGGUGUUCUUCUCCCUCGUCAAUGGCAAUAAGCCGUAUCAUCACUAGUACAUACAACGAUUCCGGCCUACGAAUAGUGAUUAGAGAAAACGAAAUUGUUUGCAAUUCGUAUGCUUAUGAAAAAAUGACGGUACUCUGUCUGUAUGACCGGUGCAACGAAACGUCGUGCCUACCGGAGCCCGUGAGUGUGGUACUGGAUAUACUGUGCCUAGACGGCGUGUGGGAACUAACGCACUACGAGAGAGUGUCAAAUUCUACAAUGUCAAAUUCUACAAUCUCUACUGAAAGUCCUAACUGCACCGAUUGUUUGGAUGUGGAAUUGUUUCAAAGCAGAAAGUACCCUACCAAUCCCCCUGGCUUGCUGGCGUACAACCAGACGACUCACUGCCUGUUGCUCCCCUCCUGCUAUAAUGAGGCUGGUUCACUUAUUGGAUACUUCAGUGCCAGAGAAUGCUGCGUGGAGAUGGAAGAGAGCCGUUCAUACAGAUACGGAGAUAGAUCUUUCCCCUGCAUAGUCCAUGGAUUUGUGAAGACAAAAUACAGUGUUGUAGAGGGGGAGACAUUGGACAUUGUGUUUGAAAGAAAUGCCAAGGGCACAACUAAAUUUCCACUGCUCACAAUCGAAGGCAGGAUCAUAUCAGAGGGGGACGAGGAUGAUUACCAGCCAGUCUUAGUCACUUUGCUUCGGAGAGACUCAAGGAUAACUCUCAGUUUGACUGCAUACAACGACAUGAUUGCAUUGGAAGAUGGCGACAAAGUCAUUCUAAGACAGACCUCCGGUAUCAAUAAUUAUGUUAAUCUGGUGGAGCAAAGAGGGGAGUUUAUCAGCCACACUAUGGAAGUAGCCAUUGUGGAUAAAAACAACAGAGUGGAAAUAGAUCUCGCUCAAUCAGUUUACACUGUGUCCGAAGAUGAGACAGGCAACCAAGUACUCACUCUAGCAAUCAAGAACGGUUUAAUAGUACAGGGCCCUAUCCCUCUGAGGCUUACAGCUAUGAGUCUGACUUCACCCGUUGUUAACGACGCUGAGAGGGCUACACCAAGACAAGAUUUCCACGUAGAGACUGUGGAUAUUGAAAUCACUCCUGGAGCAGCUGGAAUGACCAAUAUUAGUCUGAACGACAUCAUUAUUGAUGAUAACACUGUGGAAAACCACAUCCAGAGGUUCAGCCUGAUGGUGGAGGUAUCUGAAGGCAGAGUGUUCUUCGAUUCAGACAACUCCACUAAGAAAUCAGUUGAAGUGGCUAUUGAGAGUGAUGACACGGUCAGUGUUUCUCUAUUGUCAUCUAAUGUGGUAUUCUAUGAAAGUGAUGAAAGUCCAUUCAAUAUUUGUGUGAUCGUGAUAAGUGAAGGAACAGACCAAAAUUGUCCUGUGGAGUUUCAAGUAAACUAUACUCUUAGCUUCACCAAGUACUCAUACACCAAAAAUGGAGAUGGUGAGACAAUAUUUCGUGAUGUUACUGUUGAUAAGUGUAACAACAUGUCAUGUGUCGAUCUCAAGGCUGUCUUCAGCAUUCCGAAUGAUGAAGAAUUCAAUUUUCAAUUGUUUAAUGUGUCUCUUGCUGAAACUGAAUUACCUCAGUCUGGGAUGUUUCGAGUCUCUACAAAUGUUGUGAAGUUUGAAAUAAGAGACGACGACUGUAAGUUGUACAAGUGGAAAAAUCAUUUCUUCAAAAUGAAGGGGGAUAUAGAGAUGGCUUGAAGCACCAAAAAGGAAGAAACAAGGGGUCAUUACACAGCAAAGAUGCACAAAGCUACAUGACACCAUCCCUAUAUCUUUGUCUCA